UCGAAAAAUGUAACUGGUUAAAAGACGAAAAGGCGUUGGAAGCUAGUCAGUCUUAACAACCUGGGUUAAGUAAACCGAAAAUCAUUCUUAUAGGGUGAGAAACAGCUCGUUAUAUUCGCAGCGAGAUAUGGAUACACGCAAAGCUACCGAAUGAAACAAUAGUCCAUGCUGUGUUCCUUUCACAAAGUAAAUGUCAUUACAUUUUGAUGGGAAAAGCUAAAGCUAGAUGGCUAAUAGCUAAAGCUAGGUGGUUAGGUAUGCUAUCAAAGCUAGCUAGCUUUUCAGUAAGUUAGCUUGCUAACAACCCAGAUGCGCUGGUUACCAGACAUUAACACUACUAAGUUAAUGUUAGCUUAAUGACUAAACAUGCUAUGUGUUUUGGUCUGACAAGAUUUAAUACAGAAGGUUGGUACGGACUGAUACAAAAUCUACAUCAUACCAUCACAGGCGAUCGGAAGAGCAAUUCCUGUUUCUUUUGGACGACAUAACGUGAGAAGAAUUGGAGUGCCUGUCAGCAACACGACGCCUCAGUCACGGAAGAGCGUGUGUUUUCUCAGGCAGGCUGCAGUGUCCUCACAACUCCAACUGUUGGACCUGUUGGACUUAUCUCCCAUUUAAGGGAUUAGCUCCAUCUCUCUCACACACUCUUACUAACACACGGACACUCGCCAGGUCCCUAAAGCACCGGGAAUCCUAAGUGCUCCCCACAUUCCCACAAUUUUGAGCCACGGGAAGGAGGUGUCGGAAUGGCUCGGGGUGUUCUCCCAGAAGUGUAUCUUAUCAAGCUGAUUACAUAACCCUACUCCCCGCGACUUGUCCCCCCACCUUCUAAGAGACAACAGCUGGGCUUGACCUAAACACCAAGAGGAAAUCCUCAACCACACCCCAGAGGACUGGCUGUGUGCCACCUUUUGUUUUGUUUGUUUUUUUUGUUUGUUUGUUUUUAACCAAAUUCAAUCUGCCAUCUGUCUCUAUUGUGAAAAAAAAAACUCCUCAGCUUACUCCACGUUUGGGGACAGUGUGUGUCUGUGUGUGCAUUGAGAGAGCUCUCUGUGAGGAAAGAGUGCGUUUGUCACUGAGGGUAGUGGCUGGAGGCUGCCGCCCCUUCCUUUGCCUUCCUCUCUGCCGUCUGCAGCGCAAGCUAUCCUAACCUGUGGGCUCAGCAGGUGUCUGCCCCCUGUGAAGGCUGAAUGGGCAUUGAGGAUCUGUCAGGGCACCUGUGGUUCUCUGCAGAACUCUGGGGCCCUUGCCCACCACAUGCGUCCCCCCCUGUGAGAGCAGCUGCUGUGGGGUUUGUUUAGUAGUCACUGCCCUGCCUGUUGGAUUGGGGAAUGAGUCAUCUUCGGACAAGCAGAACUUGGGAUCGAUCCAGAAGCGAGCUAAAGGUUUCCGGGCCACUUACUUUAUUGGGAGACUGAGUGGUGCUUUUUAAAUCUGAUUUUCAUGUGUACAGAUGGAUAACCACCUCAACUGCUGGACCAGUUGUUGGGCCAGUUGUCAUUUUUUGAGUGACUGAGCCUUGUUUUAUUUUUAUUUUAUUUUUUUUAUUUUUUUCUUACUUGUAGAAGGACUGGAGUGAAAAGCCCAUCCCUGAACAACCAAAGUCAUCCAUCCUGUUUGUAUCUCUCUUUAUCUAUCUCUCUUUCUUUUCUUUUCUUUGCUCCCCCUCUUCGUCCUUAUAUCCAUCUCCAUUUCACUUUGUCUUUCGUGUACCAAACGUGUUACUGACGGUCAAAGCCCCAUAACUACAUAGGCCACGUGCUGCUGAUAGCGCCACAGAAGUCUAGCGUUAGCUUUUGUUUUAUCAGCUCCACCAGUUUGGGUCACCCUCUACCUCUGCUCAUCUUGGUACUGUAACACUGUCACACAGCAGAACCAAAUCAACUUGCUCAAUAUUUGUCACUCUAGGUGUGACGCUGACAAUUAAGUUGUUCCAUCUUACUUGCUGAUUGGCAUAGAUUUACUAGAACUUGGAGACCUACUUCCUUGAAAGGAAGAGUGACUCCAUCCAGAAUUUAGGCCUAUGUGAUUUUUCUUACUGACGUUUUGCCUGGGUGUAUCAGUUGUUUUCAUUGUUUUAUUUUUAAAACCAAAUAUUCUAAUUUAAGCCAUAUGGCAAAUCUAUAUUGAUGAAUUGCCGUUGCACUAUUCUUUUAUCACUAAGCCUUUUUUUGCUUUUAUCUUGCAUUAUUUAGUGCAUUUGUCACCAAAAAAAUCAGUUUGUGUCAAGUAUAUCAGCCAUUAAAGCAGCUCCACUAUCUUCCACUUAUCCUCUGAUCAACUCCCUGUAAAGCUGUACAUUUCAAAAGACAAAUCCAAUAUCUAGCUAAUCCAAGGAGAAGUGCUGCCUCAUACAACUCAUACAUGUUUGGGGCAUUUUUAUUUUUCAAGUAAGUGCCCGGACCACAACUUUGAUAUUUAAAGAGGAGAAAGUCGCCCUCCCCUCUAUAUUCCUCUUCAUUUUCUGCUUCUUUCCACCCAGUCGUCCUGUCUCUUGACCAUGCUAAAGCCCCCGAGCCGAUGUAGAGGGAGACGUGUUGUGCUCCUUCUCUAACCAUUUUGGAUUCUCUUUUCCCUACGCCUUGUGUUCUCCCUCUUCAUCGCUUUCCAGUCCACUUGCACACCCUCUGUGUGAGUGAGUGUUUGUGUGUGUGUGUGUUUGCGGCUGUGUUGCUGUUCAGCCGGGUGUAGGUGAUGGCGGGUGGCAGUAAGAGUGGAGGGGGUGUGGCCGGCCCCUCUCCCCCGCCACACGCCUCGGUUCCACACCGACCCUUCCGGCCGAGCCGCUAUGUCCCCGUCUCCGCGGCGACUGCCUUCCUGGUGGGAUCGACCACACUCUUCUUCUGCUUUACGUGUCCAUGGCUGUCGGAAAAGUUCUCUGUUGCAGUACCCAUUUAUAAUGGAGUCAUCUUCCUCUUUGUGCUGGCCAACUUCUGCAUGGCCACCUUCAUGGACCCUGGCAUCUUUCCCAGAGCUGAGGAGGACGAGGACAAGGAGGAUGAUUUCCGGGCUCCCCUCUACAAAACAGUUGAGAUUCGGGGGAUUCAGGUGCGCAUGAAGUGGUGCUCCACCUGCCGUUUCUACAGGCCCCCACGCUGCUCUCAUUGCUCCGUCUGUGACAACUGUGUGGAGGACUUUGACCACCACUGCCCAUGGGUGAAUAACUGCAUUGGGCGCAGGAACUACCGGUAUUUCUUCCUGUUCCUGCUGUCGCUUACCACACACAUCAUGGGCGUGUUUGGCUUCGGCCUGCUCUUCAUCCUUUACCACACACAGGAGCUCGACCAAGCGCACUCCGCCGUCACUAUGGCAGUCAUGUGUGUGGCAGGGCUGUUCUUCAUCCCGGUGGCUGGCCUCACCGGCUUCCACAUCGUACUGGUGGCACGGGGAAGGACCACUAAUGAGCAGGUAACUGGGAAGUUUAGAGGGGGUGUAAACCCUUUCACUAACGGCUGCUGGAGGAACGUUUCACAUGUGCUCUGCAGCUCCCAGGCCCCAAGGUACCUGGGCAGGAAGAGAAAGUCUCUGGCAGUAGCUGUACAACCACCCUUCCUCCGGCCACAGCUCUCGGACUCGCAGCUCACUGCCAAGGUGCUCGAUAACGGUAUCUUAGGCGACAUGCACCGGUCUAAGAGUAGUUUGGAGAUGAUGGAGAGUCAGUCAGCUGAUGCUGAGCCACCACCUCCCCCCAAACCAGAGCUACGCUACCCUGGUCUCUCCAGAGGGCCCGGUAGCCACAGUGAAGAGAGCAGCCUGUUGAAUAAAGCUCCCCCCACGCCCACCAUGUACAAGUACAGACCUGCCUACAGCAGCCCAGGAAAGAACCACACCGCCCUCACCCACGCCUAUGCCAACCAGAUGAGUCGUGGGGACAGUCUGAAGGAGUCAUCUUCCCUGUUGCAGUCGAGCCAGCAGCCGGGCUACCGCUCCGAGCCCAGCCUGGACGGUGGGGUAGGGGAGCGGGGCGGAGGCUCUGAGAGGUCAGUGGGCUCUGGUGGGGGGGCAGCGGGCCCGGGCAUCCCUGGGUACUCCCUUGGCGGGCGCUCGUACCCCUCGUUCUCGGACGCCACGGCACUGUCGGGUGGUGGCGGCGGGCCUUCUCGCUCUUCGUCCAGCGUGCGCUCGGGCCAGGCGGGCGCUGGCGUGGCCUCCGAGGCCACCACCUCCGCCAGCUACAAGAGCCUGGCCAAUCAGACGCCACCGGUGCCGCUCAACGGCAGCCUGUCGUACGAUAGCCUCCUCACGCCCUCUGAGAGCCCUGACCUGGAACCGAGCAGCACAGCGCCGGCCAGCUCGGCCGCCGCGUCGGAGCUGUCGCCGGGCCGCCCACGCACACCCGUGGCCCUGGGCUACAGCUCGCCGUACCUGUCAGCGCAGAUCGCACAGCAGCGGGAGGUGGAGCUGCACCAGCCGUCGGGGCUGCUGGGCUCUCCGCACCGCGCCGCCUACCUGCGCGCUGCCGCUUCCUCCUCUUCCUCCAGCAGUCCCCCGCCUCACGCCCCCCUGUCCCUGGACCCGCACCCCCACCACCACGCUCAUCACCACCACCACUCGCACCACCACCCCCCGCCUGCGGCCCUGCCGUCUUCCACCUCCUCCAACGCUGCCUCAUCUGCCUCCUCGUCCGCUGGCCCUCACCACCACCACCACCACCACCACCACCACCACCAUCACGGCCAGCGCGCCCCCCGCUUCUCACGCCCCCCGCUGCUGUCUGAUUCGGGCCCUCCCCCCGCCUACCCCUACCGCACACGCUCCACCGAGGCCCCCCCCAGCACCCACCCACCCCGCUCGCCUCACCCCCCGCCGCUGGGCAAGUCCCUGUCCUACUCCAGCGCAGCGGCCGCCGAAAUGCAGUACCGCAUGGUGCGCAAGGCCUCUGCCUCGGCUGGCGGCGUCGGGGCCGGAGGCGGCAUGGGGGGCAUCCAGGCUCCGAAGGACGAAAUUCAAAUGAAGUCCUACAGCCGAACUAAUGGCCAGCCCAAAUCAUCCCUCUCCCAAUCACCUGCCUCUUCGACCCCCUCCUCACCCUCCCAUCCAAUCAGUGUCUCCACCCGCCCUGGACAGGCCUAUCCCAGCACAGCUGCCACUCAGAGUCCCGCCCACAAGCCCGGGGGCGGGGUAAAGAAAGUGACUGGUGUUGGUGGAACCACUUAUGAGAUUUCAGUCUGAGUGACUUGAGUGACUAUGUUCCUCAGCCAGCAUCAAGAACAGACUCCCUGGAGCUGCUGGAACUGUAGUGAAACUCUAAUGUUAGGGGAGGGGUGGGACACAAGGAUGACAGUUGGUGGACAAAAAUAACCACACUUCUAGAGGAGGCCAUAACUUCUCUGAAUGACUUCUAUCACCCUCCUCCAAUCUCCCAACCCCUUCCCCAAAUCCCUCACGCUGCUGUGGACUCGAUCUCACCUUUCCAAUGUUGUUUUCCAAAGGAGGACUUUCCACAACCAAAAUGGCUGGGUUUUGCCAGCUCAGACUGUCAGCUGGAGUGUAAUAAUGACUAAUGUUUGAUGCGCCGACACUGGGAGCCAAUCACAGAUCGUUAGAGGCGGGUCUCCUUCAUCUGUCCUCCAAUGAGGUGUGACUGCUUUGACUGGGUUGCCUUUCUUAAACAUUCUACAAGAAACAAAAAAAGAAGAUUCCUUUAAUAUGUGUAAAAUGACUCCUCGUCUGGUCUGUACAAAAAGAAUUGGUUUGGGGAGGGGUUGUUGUUUUUUGCUCCCUUGGUUUUCCACCAGUUACAUGGGGACUUACUGGCAUGCUAUAGCCAUUUAGGACCACUGUGAUACUGGCUACUUGCCAUGAUGCCUCUGUGUAUUGACCAAUCAGUAGUGGAUGAACAGAAGAGCAAGGGCACACUAUUUGCAUUGAGCUUUGAGAUGGAACAGCCAAUGUCUGCUAGUGUUUUUUGGGGCAGUUGCCUGGUGAAUCAAGGAGAAAUAUUGUUUUAUUUUAUUUAAUUUUUAAAUGUUAUUUUAUAUGAAUUUAUAUAAAGCUAUUGAUAAGAUCAAUAUUUCCUCUUUUUUUUUUUUUUUACAACGGCUGAUAUGAGAUUUUAAUCAGCACCGGAUUUUUAGCUAAUCAAAAAAAAAAAAAAAAAAAAAAAAAAAAAAAAAAAACAGACCUUUGUUUAAUGGACUGGACCUUUCUGUCAUUUACAGAAGGUGAGCAUGUUGCCUCAAUCUAACAAAGGGUUUGAACACAGAUCUAGAUUUCAGCCAAUGGGGGGGAUUUCACCCUGGUGAUUGAUAUGUAGCAUUUUCAUGCAUUUGAUACAGAAACCCAUGCUGAUGUUGGGUUGUAUUUCCUGGAUUCGGUUGUAUACGUUUUGGUCUGCGCCUUGAAAGUAUGCAACUUGUCUUUUCCCCUUCCCUCAUUUUGCUUUUUAUCUGCUGUCUCUCCUGUUGCCUUGUAGUCUUACUAGUCAGUUGGUAUUCAGCAGCUUACUACACAUGCUUGCAUCGCCAAGCCAUAGAGAGACAAGAGAACCAUAUUAGCCAGUCCUGAUUGGUUAUGGUUAGACCACUGUAAAAUACAUUCUCAUUUGGACUUUGAGAAUACAUUCUCAAACGGACUUUGAAAUCAGUUUGAGGGAGUAGUUUUCUUUUUUUAAUUUAAGCUCUUUUUUAUUUUCUCACAGUGAUUUGCAGGCAUUACGCAGGGCGCUAUAGAUCUAUCCAACAAUCGAUAGAAAAUACAGGAUUUGGCGUCCACAAAGUUGGACCUUGUGCACAUUGCCCCUUGAGAUAUCCAGGUGUUUGGACAGGUAAUAUGUGGCCAGUGGAUGCACCUGCCAGACAAGAUGGUGAAGAGAGUAGUCUGCAGGAAGGCAGGAACAUGGCAAAUAUGGGAGGGAAGUAUACUGUAUAGCUCAGUGUGGGUGGAUGUGUGUGUAUGUGCGUGUGUGGUUGAGAAUUGGUAAUAAAAAAUACUGUUUAUAAAAUGUUAA